AUGGAGGAAAUUGCUGCUGAGCAUAAGAAACUUAUCAAUAUGAUUUGCAACGAGGAAGUGGCAGAGGUGGGAGAUGGUCAGGAAUCAAUGACCCAAGAUGUCACGCAUUAUGUCAAGGUUGUGAACGGCCAUCAGAACGGACGCAAAGUCAAUGGCUUGCUCUACCUUAGAGACAUCAGCAAAUCCGAGAUGACUGGCACAGCAAUGAAAGACAUGGAACUGUUUCAGAGACUCUGUGGAGAUGAUGCUCUCAACAAUGUGAUCCUCCUUACUACAAUGUGGGUUAAAAGUGAGCCUGGCGUUGGACAAGAGCGUGAACAAGAAGUCGUUAGCAAGUUCUGGAAUAGAAUGAUCGAGCCUGGUGCAUCACUCUCGAAACGACUGAGCGUCGUCAGCAGCCAUAUAUUGGGCACAGUCGAGCCUAUUUCCGAUUUUAUUGCUACUAUGCUCAAGUUUCAGCUUACAUUGCUACAAAUCCAAAGGGAGCUAGGAAAUGGAAUCAACCUGAUCGACACGGCAGCCGGGCAGGUCAUCGAUCACGAUCUGUCUGCUGCCAUAGCAGAAAAUGAAGAGACAUUGCAGUCAAUCAAAGAAGCCUUGAAUGUUAGUAGGAAAAUAUCAAAGUCGACGCUAGAAGAACAAGCUAUUGCAUACCAAGUGCUGCUUGGAGUGGCGAGGAACGAUCGAAACGCGCUCAACGAAGACUUUGAAAAAGUUAUGUACGCCGAAGAAGAACGUCGAUCCCAUCUUUUUGGAUUUCGCCUUCCAGAUCGCUUUGACGCUCUGGGUGAAGAACUCGAUCCCGAAGAACAGACACUCGAAGCCUCUGUAGUAGAGAUGCCGUCAAUCAGGCUUUCUCAGCCAUGCGAACAUGUCUGA